AGUUUUCAGAGGUAUAUGGAAGAGGGAAGUUCAUAACAUCAUGCAAGGUUAAGUUCUCUAGGCUCAUCUCUAGGAUCGGGAGCAGCGUCCGAAGGGGCUGGAAGGCAGAGCCGAGGAGGGCGGGGAGACGUUACGUUGACGCUGGCGUGACCCAGCCCGAGAAUUUGGCGGGAUCUCCGAAAGUUGCAGUGCUCCGCGCGCACCUUGGCCUGAAACCGAGGUCUGAGGAGAGCGGAGACGCACCCGGAGGGACGCAGUUGGGAGCUGAGUUUCGCCUGGGUUGUGUGCAGAAGGCCGGAGCAAGGGAGUAGAGAAGUGGGCAGGAAGCGAAGGGGUCUGGAGUCCGUCCCGGCCGGGCGCGGACCGAGCCAGCGGACAGAAGUCGGGGCGCGCAGCCAGUGGGAGCGAGGAGCGCUGCGUACCAGGGUGAGGGUGUUAGGCGCGGACUCGGUUCCUUUUUGCCUCAGGUAUUGAAUGCUGAGUGAUGGCUAUGCAAAUGCAGCUUGAAGCAAAUGCAGAUACUUCAGUGGAAGAAGAGAGCUUUGGCCCACAACCUGUAUCUCGAUUAGAGCAAUGUGGCAUAAAUGCCAAUGAUGUGAAGAAAUUGGAAGAAGCUGGAUUCCAUACUGUGGAGGCUGUUGCCUAUGCACCAAAAAAGGAACUAAUAAAUAUUAAGGGGAUUAGUGAAGCCAAAGCUGAUAAAAUUCUGACUGAGGCAGCCAAGUUAGUUCCAAUGGGUUUCACUACUGCAACUGAGUUCCACCAAAGGCGAUCAGAGAUCAUACAGAUUACUACUGGCUCCAAAGAACUUGACAAACUACUUCAAGGAGGAAUUGAGACUGGAUCAAUUACAGAGAUGUUUGGAGAAUUCCGAACUGGGAAGACUCAGAUCUGUCAUACAUUGGCUGUAACAUGCCAGCUUCCCAUUGACCGAGGUGGAGGAGAAGGAAAAGCCAUGUACAUUGACACAGAAGGUACUUUUAGGCCAGAAAGGCUGCUAGCAGUGGCUGAGAGAUAUGGUCUCUCCGGCAGUGAUGUCCUGGAUAAUGUAGCAUAUGCUCGAGGGUUCAACACAGACCACCAGACCCAGCUCCUUUAUCAAGCAUCAGCCAUGAUGGUAGAAUCUAGGUAUGCACUGUUAAUUGUAGACAGUGCCACUGCCCUCUACAGAACUGACUAUUCGGGUCGAGGGGAACUUUCAGCCAGGCAGAUGCACCUGGCCAGGUUUCUGCGGAUGCUUCUGCGACUUGCUGAUGAGUUUGGUGUAGCAGUGGUGAUCACCAACCAGGUGGUAGCCCAAGUGGAUGGAGCAGCCAUGUUUGCUGCAGAUCCUAAAAAACCUAUUGGAGGAAAUAUCAUUGCUCAUGCCUCAACAACCAGACUGUAUCUGAGGAAAGGAAGAGGGGAAACCAGAAUCUGCAAAAUCUACGAUUCUCCCUGUCUUCCUGAAGCUGAAGCUAUGUUUGCCAUCAAUGCAGAUGGAGUGGGAGAUGCCAAAGACUGAUUCACUGGGGCUUUUCCUGUGAUAAAGCUUAAGUGCUACAGCCUAAUGGAGAGGACUGCUCCCUGGGUCUUCUUCACAGGCCUCUUCCUGUUUUCCUGCCAGAAAAAGGCUUCUGGAAAAACACCUAUUCUAUCAGUUUUCUGAUGGUGUAAACAGGAGACAGGUCAGUAGUCACAAACUGAUCUGAAAUGUUUAUUCUGUCUGGAGUUUA